AUGGCGCGUCCCAAGCGCGAGGGCGGAGUGCGGGGUUUCUCUUGGAAACCUCGGGUGGAUCCACCGAGCCCACCUCCCUCGGUUCCUGACCUCGGAGACUUGACAGAGCCAGUUCCCUUCCUAGACGAGGUUCCCUGUCAGCAGCUGCUGGAAGGAAUUGAUCUGGCCCAGGCCCAGCAGCUCUACAAUAGUCUGACGGAAGAGCAGAAGGAGCAGCUGGCUGCACAAGGAAUUGAUCCUCGGGGCUGCUUCGAAGCCACAUCCUUUGAUACGGAUCUGGACGAGGGCCCUCCGUAUGUUGAGCUCACCGGAAAUCCUCUGGCCAUGGACUCAAGACAAGUCCGGGCGCUUUCCAAAGCACUCCGCGGCAAGGCGCCCAUGAAGUUCAUGACCGACGCCUACAGCCGCGUGCGGCAUUCGGACCCCGAGUCUCCUAUCCAUGUGUUGAGCGAGUGUGGGGACAGUCGCUGUGGUGCACACCGACUUCACCACCCAGAAGUGCGCUCCCGCUUCCGGACUUUCCUGACAAAGACGGUUCGCAAGUCGAGCAAGGACGCUUCGGCGUGGUGGCGAGAUGGCCUCAUGUAUGCUUCGCUGGGAAGUGGCCAUUUGCUUUGGGACUGCGAGAUAUUGGAUCGCAUGCGAGCGGAAGGUCUCGAGAUCCGACAAAUCUGCUUGAUUGACAUGGCAUAUGCCAAGCCGGACGACAUCACCCUACUGGUCCUGCAAACUUUUGCCGACUGGCAGGCCUCAGUCGCUGACCUCUGGGAUGAGCCAGCUCCACAAGUGCUCGCCUUCGGUAGUUCUCAGGCCUACUUCGAGCACUGCGGCCCAGGCGGAGUUGCAGCUGGCUGCAACCUGUUCAUGCACUGCGAUGCUGCGUGGCAAGGCUCCGACGAAGAAUGCAUGCGCUUGGCGCAGAAGGCCCUGGUCUCCACCGGCUUGUUAGCUCGCCUCAACAACUUGGGCAGCAAGAUCGUGCCCGACGAGAUGCUCCAGAAGGGUCCACAGAUGCUCCGAAAAUAUUGGCAGGUCCAGCAGGAGCACAGCGAAGAGCCGUUUUCUGCUGGCGCUUGGCUGUCGCACGGCGAUGGGGAUCUUGAGCCAUUGAAGGACUACUGGCUUGGACUGGAUCCAGACGAGAAGGCCCUUCAGCAUCUGGAGACGGACCACCGUUUUAAGCAAGCCGAGCGAGCGAGGGCCGAAGAAAUCGGCUUGGAAGUUUGGCGAGUGCGGUCCCUGGAUCCCGUGAAGUCGCGGGAGGCCCCUGUGAUUGACGGCCGAGAAUUCGGAGAGUUCUCGCCCGGAGAAGUCCUCAUCGCUGCAGAAAGGAAAGGGGACUGGAUCCGCAUCGCUGCGACGCUGGACCUCUGGGGCGUCGAGUAUUCCGCCUGGGCGAAACUGUCGGUCGCAGCUCCACUGGCCCAUGCCCAACCGGGUCAGUCCAUGCCGCCCCCGGCCGACGACUCAAGCGUUUGGGUUCCCAUCGAUGGAAGCUGCAUUGGUUCGAUCGGACGCUUUUUGGAGCAGAUUUUUGUCCCUCCCGGCCGCGAUCCGUGGAGACCUGGAGGCCAAAGUGUGUCUAGCGCGGAUAGCUUGGCCGUCGAGAAGGGUGAUGUCACUCUCCGGGCACGUCGCCGAGGGCCUGACCUAGACUGGACCACAAGCUUAGCGCGCGCAGCUUCCACAGUCCCUCCGGGAUCUGUGAGGCGGCGACAGAAGGAGCGAGACAGGUGGCGCGCAGUCCUCCAUGAAGCCAACGGCGGUCAGCAAAAUCGGCGAGCCGUUCUUGCAUCUCUCGGCGCGGAGGAGCGGGCGCAUCUGCGGGCCUUUGUCAAGAGGCAGCUUCGGCGAUACCAGGCGUUGGCCAAUGAGCUUUCCAGGCUCCAAGGCUUCGCCAGGAAAGAGCGCCUGGCGAAGUUGAGUGUGGAGGAUCGCGCGAACUUCCAGAGCUGGCUUCUGGAGCAGAAAGCCGGUCUUCCUGCGAAGACAAGCGCGCGGUAG